AUGACUACGACAAAUACGAAUAUCAACAUGAUGGAAAAUGAAAGACCAAGAUGGAUCACGGAUUCACCAAGGUCGAACAGUUCAGUAUUAUCACAAAGUACUCGGAGUUCUCUUUCACCAGUUCCAGCAUAUAUGGGAUGGAGCGAUAGUGAACACUCUGGAUCACCGUUGUCUGGUAGUACGGGGAGUGUUGGGAGAGAAAGGACUUUUGCUAGGUUGGAGAGAAUGAGAUUGGGGUCGGGGUCUGUAAGUCCACCAAAAACAGCUAGACCGAUGUUACCACCAAUGAGACGAACCAAAUUUUCUCCUCCCUUGACUGCGUCCCUUGUCACACACACUAUCUCUCAAAUCACUUCCAAUCACAGAAUGAACCCUAAAAGUUUCAAAGAGUCAUCACUGGUCCCCAUGAACAUGAUCAUUCCUUGGUUACAACGGUUGAGGAUGGAAGUCUGA